AUGCUUGGAAUCCGUCUGCACCCCCAAGACCACAUGUCCCGCCCUCCCACCACGCUCACUCAUCACUGGAAUAUCACAGCUGGCUAUCGCUCUCCAGAUGGUGUCAGGAAAAAGGUCUAUCUCGUCAAUGAUCUCUUCCCAGGCCCUACAAUUGAAUGUCGAUCUGGAGACAGGUUGGUCAUACACGUGACGAACAGUCUUGAUUCAAGGGAGGGGGUUUCGAUUCAUUGGCAUGGGCUAGGGAUGCGAAAUGCGAUAAAUAUGGAUGGCGCAGUCGGGUUCACUCAAUGUGCCAUUGCUACAGACAAAACCUUCGUUUACGAUUUUGUGGUUGACCUGGAGCAAGCGGGCACAUUUUGGUGGCAUGCACAUUCACAGGUGGAGAGAGGAGAUGGGAUGUAUGGUGGACUGGUGGUGCAUAAGCCAGUUGAUUUUAAAUCCGAGGGGAAGGGGCCUGGAUACAAAGACGAGGUGUUGUUUCUGGUUGGUGAUUGGUAUCAUCGAAGUGCUGAGGAGGUCCUUGGAUGGUACACAAGCGUCAGGGGCUUCGGAAACGAGCCUGUCCCAGACUCAAUGUUAAUCAACGGACGUGGGACAUUCGAUUGCUCAAUGGCCGCCCCAGCUCGACCAGUCGAAUGCGUUAACAUCGGAAGGAAUCAAUUUCCCGGACUGCUCACGCCGGAUUUGAUGAAUACUACAACAAGGUUGAGACUUGUCAACGUUGGUUCUCUGGCGGGUUUUACAAUCCAAAUUUCGUCUGCGAAGUUGACACCACUUACCGUGGAUAGUGGCUUUUCCAUCACGGGAGCUGCGCCAGACUCAGUUGGAAUUAUAUACCCUGGCGAGCGGGUAGAUCUGCUCUUAACAUGGGACGAUACUUCUCCGGCAACUUCCCCGCGUUUGCAUAUUUCUCUCGAUCCUGAGCAUUACACCAACUCGGCCCUUCGGCCAAACCAGUCUUUCCCCAUGUUCCCCGUCUCAUCAAACAUACCAACACCCCCACCAUCUCCUGCCUCAAUGAUUCGAAAUCACUUCGACCUCUCUUCCGCAACCUCACGCCACCCCAUUUCCCUCCCAGAAGCCGCCCAACAAACCAUCCUCCUCUAUACCAAAACGCAAAAACUAUCGAUCUCCGCCAACCACCCACAGGGAUUUAUGAACCGCACCUCCUGGAGCCCGCAAUCCGCCCCACUUCUCUCGCUCCCCCGCUCAGCUUGGGACGAGAAUCAACUUAUCCCCUACAUCCCCUCUGAUGCGUGGGUUGAUAUCGUAAUCAAUAACUUAGAUGAUGGCUCCCAUCCUUUUCAUUUACAUGGGUACUCAUUUUAUGUUCUCGCCUCUCAUCGUUCGGAAAAUGGUUGGGGAAGCUACAACCCGUACUCUACCAGUGGAGCGAGUUCCAUCGCGCCUGUGAUGAAUUUGAGGAACCCUGUGAAGAAAGACACAGUCAGUGUGCCAAGGAGAGGAUACGUGGUUAUACGACUCAAGGCGGACAAUGAAGGGAUUUGGAUGUUACAUUGCCAUGUGCUGUUUCAUCAGGGGAGCGGCAUGGCGAUGGGGAUUCACGUUGGAGGGGAUGAAAGGCACGCAGGGGUUGAUUUGGGUGCGAGAGAAUUCUGCGAAUCAGCGUAG